CGGCGGCAGCGGCGGCAGGAGCGGGAGCGGGAGCAGGAGCGUCCAGGAGCCGCAGCCGGAGCUUUUCGGGAGCACGGACGCUGGACCGAGAUGCCGGGAUCCCCCGACGCAGGGAACGGGGCGUGAGUCGUUGCGACAGGACUGCGUGUUUGUUUCGUACACGGUCGGUCAGUACGCAUGAUGGGGGAAGUUAGGAGGUUCGGUGAGGGGAAGUAACGCAGGGCUCUAGGUAAAACGCGGGACGGAGUUUACGGAUCGGAUCAGCUUAGGAUGACCCAAAAAUAAAAUAAAAUAAAACAACAUCACUUAGAAACAGCGGAUCUCAAAGGAUCAGCACUGGGUUUAGUUCAAGAGAAUUUCACAACACGCUGGGUUCCAGCGCAUUAAUACGAUCAGAUGCAUUUCUGCCUUUCCAUGGAGGUGCAAGUAGAAAAAAAAUAUAUAUUUCUGUUUUCUAAUAAUCAUCGUUUAUGACCUUGCCAGUGGAUCUUUCUGUAAUGUAAAUGAAAGUGCAAGGAACUCUGUACUAUACCCAAAAGCCUCUAUUUAGACAUGUCAAGAGUAAAACUAAAUAAAGGAUAUUAGAUUUAGUAUAGAGGCACCGGGCCCCAGUCACCCAUUUAUCAAUAAAUGAAGGCUGAUCUCACCAGAUCUAAGAAAAAGACCAGUGCCACUUAAUCACUGCUCUUAUAAUAUACCUCUUGAAGUGAAGUUGCGUAUCUUGGACUCGUAUCUUCUUUACUGUGUUUUUUUUUUAUUUUUAUUUUUUAUCUGUGCUCUCAUCAGAGGUUGUCAUGGAUAAAAUAUCAGCUGCUAGAGACUGUUUAUUUUAGUUCAAAAGGUCAUGGAGUGUGGGGGGGAAAAAGUUUCCCCCGGCUUUCAGGGGAGCCGAAAAGCCAGGGGCUGUUAAAAACUGUCUGGCUGUUUUUAAAAAAGACUGAAAAUCAGAUUGAUGUUCGUACCUUUGAACUGCAUGCCAUGGUAAAUGAUCAUGUUCUCUGAUUUCUUUCAGAUCAAAUGGUGACACGUGUAGUUAAUAAAUGUUUAUGUCUUCUUUAUGUAUUCUACAAAACUGCGUUUCACAGUUUCAAUUCAAAAUCCUCACUUCAUGACAACGUUCUUAGUGUAUGGUCAUCGAAAAUGAAAUCCAUCCAUAGAAAUUAAGUUUAUGUUGGAAUGUUAAAAAAGUAACUGGGAUUAUUUGAGUAUUGAGUGCAACUUCAACAUUUUAUCACUAGUCCCAUUUUAUUUGAUAGCGCUGCGGUUCCUCUCUGCCCCUCACACUCAAGAUGUCAAACCCCUCUCCUUUUUGGAUAUGCCCCAGCUGUGAAUAGUAACCUGUCAGACCUCUAUACUUUACAAAAUCCCUCCCCAGACUCUGUUAAGUCGUUUGUCUGAGUACCUUUAACCUUUUUCUUUAUAGCAUAAAGCAUGUGGAGUGCUUGGAGUAAAUAGGACACCCCAGUAAAGCAGGGACAGGUGUGCAUCAGAUGUCCAGAUGAGGUGCUUGCUGAUAGCCAGCGAGAGCGCCGAGGUCCUCUUCCACUGGACUGACCCAGAAUUUCAGCAGAACAUCCAGGAGCAGUAUGGGGCGUCUCAAGAGGACGGCCAGGGGCUUCCAGCCUUCGAGGACAGCAUCAGCACUCUGUUUGCUCCCAUCAUCAUCUCCUGCAGCACCAUGGUGGACAGGCUGGGUGACAGCUACACCUCCUUCACCACAGAAAACAACCACAUCUACGUCCUACACCAGUUUGAUGAGUGUCUCUACAUUGCUGUGAAUGGCGACGGCGAGGAGGGAGAGGACGAUCUGAGGAGGAAGAUCUACGUGAUGAAGAAGAUGAUCGAGGUCCUGUUCGGCAUGGUCACCCUCAGCAGUAACCUCAUCAGGAAAGAAUUGCGUCCUCAGGACACGGAGCAGAGAGCGAGGCUGUGGAAGCAUCUCCAGAGCCUGCUGGAGACCUACAGCCACCUCCGAGAGAACGACCAGAGCUUCUUAGUGGAGGCAGUGGAGAGGCUGAUCCACCCCACGCUGUGCGAGCAGUGCAUCGAGUUCCUGGAGCGCCGCUUGGUCCAGCAGCUCAACACCAGCGUGGAGAGAGCAGGAGAGGAGGUGUUGCAUGCCUUCAUCCUGGUUCACACCAAGCUGCUCGCCUUCUACUCCAGCCGUAAUGCGAGCACACUUGCCACCUCAGACCUGCUGGCCCUCAUCAUCAUGGCACAGAAUAUGUAUCCUAGCAACGUAGACCUGGAUGAUCCAGGUCCUGAGGACAUUGAGAGUACGUCCGGUUCUGGUCCUGAAAGUUUUUACACCCCAGAGCCGUCCCCUACAGACAGAGACUCAAGCAGUUCAGACAAGCCAGUGAGAGGAAGCACCCCUGUGUUUGAGUUUAUGGACCCAGACGUCCAGAUGGCAGAGGACAGCUUGCGGACUCUGGAAGUUCCUCCUCCAGACCCUUCAACCCCUCGCAGAGUCUUCUUAGAGAUCUCAGGCAAAGAUGGGCUAUAUCCCAUGAUGCCUCACUCCAUGUACUGUCUGCCACUGUGGCCUGGCAUCACACUAGUGCUGCUAACUAAGAUUCCCACCAAUGCAGUUGCCAUGUCCGUGUACAAGUUUUUGGAGACAUUCGCUAAGCUGGAGAAGCGUUUAAGUGAAGGCCAAGAAGGUUCUGCUGCUACCAGAGGCCAGCUGAAUAUACACGACAUCCGCAGCAAACUGGAUAAAUUCAUUAAAGCCUUGGGGCCUAGUGAGUUACAGUCUGCACAGUUACAAAAUGUCUGGACAGAGUUCAAGAACCGAGCCUUUGCCAGAGGAGGACCUGGGCUAACCAAAGAUCUUAUCCCGUGGUGUAAGAAUAUGAAGACCCAGCUGUGUGGCAUAUACCGACAGUGUUUUCUUAUUGACUCUGGACCAGCCGACUUUCCUCGACGUCUCUCCCCGGGUCUGCAGGAACGAGCCCAGACCAUGGUGCAAGAGAAACUGAUGGACUGGAAGGACUUCCUGUUGGUGAAAAGCAAGAGGAAUAUCACCAUGGUGUCUUACCUGGAGGAUUUCCCAGGCCUCGUCCAUUUUAUCUGUGUGGACCGAUCCACCGGGCAAAUGAUUGCGCCGUCGCUCAACAUCACAGAACGCACCACGUCUGAGCUAGGGAAGGGGCCGGUGGCUCAGUUCAUCAAAAGCAAGGUUUGGAGCCUGGUCAGCACAACGCGCCGCUUUCUCCGGAAGGGCUACUCCACUGUCACACUGCGCGAUGGAGACUUCUACUUCUGCUACUUCCUCUGGUUUGAAAAUGAAACGGGCUACAAGUUAGAGGCAGGGGACAUACCCAUCCUACCUGAUGACUCUGCCCCCAUUGGGAUGCUUGCCUGGGACUACUACAGCAGGAAGCUGCUGCGGUACUACAGUAAGAGUCACCAGGGUGAGGUGGUGAAGUGCUACGAGCUGCUGACAGUUCACCUGGGGGUCAUCCCCACCGAGAUCAUCCUCCAGCACUGCAGACAGCUGGCAAGCAAACUGUGGGAGCCUUCGCGCAAUCCGCUGCUGUAGACAUACCCACACACUUGAACUGAGUCACAGUAGCCAAGGUACACAUUACUGCAUUAUCACUGCCAAGAACAAGAAAAACAUUCUCUCACCCUCUAUAUACACUCUGUCGGGUGCCCGUGUUCCAUGUUUCUUGAAUUUUCGUUGUGUAAAAGGUCAUGUAUCCUGUGAUAUUUUGACCUACAAUUAUUUAUUGGAAGCACUUACGUUUAUGAUUAGCACAAUUGGAACACCGUUGUGCGCUUAUGCACUAUUUUGUCUUGUAGGAAGUACAUUGACAAGAACACUCCUCAAUUUUUGUAGAUUGUAAUAUAUUCUUGAAUACUCAUUUAUAACCUGUUUUACUAUUUAUAAGUAAUACUGGAGAUGGUUUCACUGUAUCUUUUUUUUUUUGUUUUUGUUUUUUUUCCCCCCACUUUUUAAAAAUUUGCAGCUGAUUGAUUUUUAUAAAUGCAGAUACUGUCCAUUUGUGUCUUUACUACUGCUAGUGUCAUAACUUAUACGAAUGUAAACAUGCAAUAAUAUUAACUGUGUGGCUCCUUAAUACAGAUUCUUUUUUGUAAACAAUAAAUAUCAGUAGUUUCA